UAUGUGUGUGUGUUGGUCCACAUUGACGAAUGAGGGUAAUGAUUGAUUAAUGAUCAAUAUUGCAGAGAGAGACAGAGAGAAAAACAUUGUGUAUUGAGGCAGGCUAGUUGGUUAGUCUGUCAGGAGUCACCAUGGGGAAGAGCACAGCGUUGACCAUAUUACUACUAGGAGCUGUACUGAUCACUCACCUUGACACGGCUUCAGAUAAGAACAUUAAAUUUCUCAAAGGUAAGCCACGUUUCCAUGCCUCUUCAACCACCCCUGUCCCUACGGCCUCUGUCCCCACGGCCUCUGUCCCCACGGCCUCUGUCCCCACGGGCUCUGUCCCCACGGGCUCUGUCCCCACGGCCUCUGUCCCCACGGCCUCUGUCCCUACGGCCCCUGUCCCCACGGCCUCUGUCCCUACGGCCCCUGUCCCCACCAGACCCCGGACUGAACAGUACCUGGGACCAGAAGGUUGUCUUGAUAAGAAGUACACACGUCUGUCCUGCCAGCGGGUCUUCUGUCCACCGUGGAUGAGAUGUGUGGAGGGAAGGUGUGUGUGUAAGCUGCCCUACCUGUGCCCUAAGGACGGCAUGGCUCCAGUGUGUGGGCACGAUGGAAGGACCUAUCUGUCUUACUGUCAGGCUAUGGCUGUCUCCUGUCGGAGUAAACAACCUAUCAUGUCACACUUUGGAGGAGAGGGCUGCUCAACAGACAGCAUCAAGGUCCAGACCAGUAUAGAUGAGAUGACCGGUGUGGUCAGUAUUGUGUUACCCAAGAGAGAGAGAAGAAAAGAGAAGAGAGAGAAGCUGCUAGUAUGUGGAGAUGGAGGAGGAAGAGAGUACAACUGGAACAUGGCUGCGGCUAACGUAGCCUGCCAUGACAAGAAUUCGUUGGGAGCGGAGGAGGCCAGCUCGGUGCUGUAUAAAACCAUACUGUCCCCCGAUACAGACCACUGCGUCAGCGUUCUCUGUCAAGGAUAUGAGAGCAGCCUCGCCGAAUGUUCCUUCUCCGGUAGAACACCUCUCGGCCGCGACGACAAGGUCGCCACGGCAACCUGUUACCGGAAACCCAAAGAGGGGUCGCCGUGCGAGUUCAGGUGCGUCAACGACAAGUGUGUGUCGUUGGAACAGACGUGUGACGGAGUGGACCACUGCGGAGACGGGAGUGAUGAGAUGUGCUGCACAGCCUGCAGAGGGGACUCUGCGUUCUGGUGUAAGUCAGGAGUAUGUUUGUCCAAAAAGGCUGUAAACGACGGUGUGAUGGACUGUCUGGGAGGAGAGGACGAGAUUAACAAACACAGUAAACCUGUUGGCCGUAGUGGAUCACAUGAUUCCAGAGAUCAAGAGUUCAUUUCUCCUAAAGAAGAGAUCAAAGCAACCAGGCAUCUUCUGGAAGGGAAGAUACACUGUGGAAUCCCCAACACUACGGUCUUAGAAGAAUCGGACAGAGGAGAAAGGAGAGGGGGAAGGCAGAAACGAGUGGUGGGAGGAGUGCCGGCCCAACCGACUCAGAUCCAAUGGCAGGUGGCGAUACAGGAGGGGGGUAAAAUCGACUGUGGUGGGGCAUACAUCGGGGGAUGCUGGGUUCUGACCGCCGCUCACUGUGUCAGGCCCAAACCAGAGGUGUACAGCAUCAAGUUCAGUCUCUGGAAGAAGAGAACAGUUCAAGGAACAACAGACAUCGUUCCUGUCAAGAACGUCAUCAUACACCACAAGUACAAUGCUAACACGUAUGAGAAUGACAUAGCCCUGAUAGAGAUGAAGAAGCUUCCAUUCAGGGACGAGUGUUUCCAAGAGAACCCAGCAGUCAGUGCUGUGUGUGUUCCCUGGUCCGUACAACUGUUCAACCCUAACCAUACCUGUAGCAUAUCAGGCUGGGGACGGAAGAAAGAUGGAGAGUCAUCGGAUGUGUUGCUCUGGGCCAACGUCUCUCUGAUCGCCAACUGUCAGCGAUUCUACGGUUCACGCUACUACGACGGCAUGAUGUGUGCAGGUGAUCUGGAGGGCGAUGUAGACUCGUGUCAGGGUGAUUCCGGAGGUCCUCUCGUGUGUCAGGAUUCUCUAGGUGUUUCCUACCUCUGGGGUAUAGUCUCCUGGGGGGAGAAGUGUGGGCAGGCCAAGUUCCCUGGAGUGUACACUCAAGUGGCACACUACUUUGACUGGAUCCGCACUCACACUGGCUGGUCUACUGUCACUAAAUACAACCUGUGAUGUUGAUAUAGACCAGGGGGUAUUUUCAAAUGUUACCGUUCGAUCUACUGCUGCUUUUCUGUUCUACCUGAUAAUUAAUAUCACCCACCUGGUGUCCCAGGUCUAAAUCAGUGUCUGAUUAGAGGGGAACGAUGGGGGGGAAAAGCAGUUGAACUGGCUUCGAGGUCCAGAUUUACAUUUGAGCGAUAUAGCCUAUUCAUACAUAAUAAAUAGUAAUAAACCGUUAUUACACUGUUAUACGAUGUUUAUGCUGGAUGAUGUCAAUAAACAACUUGAGAGCCCA